AAUCAACAGCUCAAGUCAGAGCACCUGAGUGGAGAGCCUCAUGUAACAGCUUCAGUGAACAUAAAAUAGUCAGGUUUUCUGAUUCUGAAAAUAGUUGUUCUUGUUUUACAGUGAUAAUGGGUUUUGGAGACAUCGGUACAUGGCUUCUGAUAGUCUUUGCGGUGGAAUGUGUUUAUGGUGCUUGGAGUAGCUAUCACUUGCAAAGCCAAGAUCUGAACACAGAUGACAUCCAUGCAGCAGCCAGAUUUAGCCCUCAGAAGCCUUUUAUGCCGACGAGACAGGAGCCUAGAAAGACUCCCCAACAAAGAGUAGAGUCUCUAUCUCAGCAGAUGUUUGAGACACCACUGGCCUGGAGCUAUCCUGUCCUGACCAAAGAGAGCCCCGAGGUAAAGUCGGAGGAGUGGGAGCCUGUGCCGGCUGAGAGUGUGACAGCUCGGUGUGGGGAGAGCCGAGUCCAUGUGGAGGUGAGCCAGGAUCUGCUGGGCAACGGCCAGCCCAUCCAACCUGCAGACCUUACUCUGGGAGGCUGUGAGGCCACAGAGGUGGACACCACUAACCAGCUGAUCAUUUAUGAAUCAGACCUCCAAGCAUGUGGCAGCCAGCUUAUGAUGACAGAAGACUCCCUCAUCUAUACUUUCACUCUAAUCUAUGAGCCUUCAGCUCUGGGUAGCACUCCCAUCCUGAAGACCAGUUCAGCCAUGGUCUACGUUCAGUGCCACUACAUGAGGAGGCUGAAUGUGAGUAGCAGUGCCGUGAAGCCUACCUGGACGCCUUACACUUCAACCAAGGUGGCAGAGGAACCGUUUUACUUUUCCCUCAGGCUCAUGACUGAUGACUGGCAUUCAGAGAGGCCGUCCAACCAGUACUUCCUGGGAAAUGUCAUUAAUAUUGAAGCAACUGUCUUACAAUACAACCACAUGUCCCUCCGAGUCUUUGUUGAUUAUUGUGUUGCUACCCUGGAGCCUGACAUGAACACAGAGCCCAGAUAUGCCUUCAUCCAAAACCUGGGAUGCCUGGUUGACGCCAAGCUCACAGGCUCCAGAUCACAAUUCCUGCCUCGAUCCCAGGAUGACAAGUUGCAGAUUCAGCUGGAGGCUUUCAGGUUCCAACAGCAGAGCAGUGAUUCAAUCUUCAUAACCUGCCAUUUGAGAGCAGAACCCGUCCCCUCUUCAUCAGCAUCAUCUAGUAACCACAAGGCCUGCUCUUACAUAGAUGGGUGGAGAUCUGCAGAUGGAGAUGAUCAAGUGUGUCACUGUUGUGAGACCAGCUGCAGCAUGCGGAAGACCAGAGAUUUGACCACAGAUCUGGUGUUGGAAAAGGACACCAUGCUGGGGCCCAUCAAGAUCAAGUCAUGAUGUCAGCCAGCUAAAAAAAACUUAAUAAUAAUAAAAUGUGUUAAGUGAA